AUGUCGUGUUAUGGGCAGUACGGAGGACAGACGAAGGUGUAUGUUGGUAACCUGGGAACUAGUGCUGGCAAAGGAGAGUUGGAAAGGGCUUUCAGUUAUUAUGGUCCCUUAAGAACUAUAUGGAUUGCAAGAAAUCCCCCAAGAUUUGCCUUUGUGGAAUUUGAAGAUCCUAGAGAUGCUGAAGAUGCAGUGCAAGGACUGCAUGGAAAGGCGAUUUGUGGUUCCCGAGUAAGGGUUGAACUACCAGCGGGCAUGCCUCAGAGAUCUUGCUUUGAUAGACCACCUGUCCGACGUCCCUUUGAUCCCAGUGAUAGAUGCUAUGAGUGUGGUGAAAAGAGACAUUAUGCUUAUGACUGUCACCGUUAUAGCUGGAGAAGAAGAAGCAGGUCAUGGUCUAAAUCACAUUCUCGAUCCAGAGGAAGGCGAUACUCUCGCUCACGCAGCAGGAGCAGGGGGCAGAGGUCAAGAUCAGCAUCUCCUUAAAGAUCAAGGUCUGUGUCUCUUCAUAGAUCAAGAUCAGCUUCACUCAGAAGAUCUAGGUCUGGUUCUAUAAAAGGAUUGAGGUAUUUCCAAACCUGGUCCAGGUCAAGAUCAAGACCCAGGUCUCUUUCACCACCAAAAAGCAGCCGGUCAAAGUCCAGAUCUCCAUCUCCAAAAAGAAGUUGUUCCCCAUCAGGAAGUCCAUGCAGAAGUGCAAGUCCUGAAAGAAUGGACUGAAGUCCUCAAGUUCACCCUUUAGGGA